AUGCCGCCCGCGCUGUCCAUUACGGCUUUUGCACCACUGAGUCUCUUCCGCCACUUAUAUCUCUUUCUCUCCGCCCCGUUUAACCUCAUAUAUGCUUUCUCCAACCGUAUGCGCCAGCGACUCUCCACUCCUAUGCCUGUCAUCCCAGUCGCUACCCUUGACUUCCAUGCUGUUGAUUACAGUGACAACACUGUCAUCUUUGAGGAAAACACCUGGGAGCGUCGCCUCUCUGUCCGCAAGUAUACUGUCAUUAAACGCGCUGUUAAUGCCAGUGAGCUUCUGGUGCGCAGCAAUGGUGCCUCUGUUUACCCCUACUGGGCUUCUGAGCGUCUGCUCAAUGAAGCUGCCACUCUUGCCUUCAUUGCAGAAAAGACCACCAUCCCUGUGCCCAAGGCCCGUCUGUACUACAGUGAGGGCAUGUUGCAUCUUGAGUCUAUCCGCAUCACCAGUGGUGUAAUGCUUGACACCAUCACUGAUCAUCGCCAGCCUGCAGCGAUUGCAGCUGUUGAUGCUCAGAUGCAGCAGACCAUUCUUCCACAACUACAUGCCUUCCGCCGCAACAACAUUGGUAGUCUUGCUGAUUUACCUGUCUUCCCACCUUCGCGUGUACACUCAAUGGAUCGCCGCUCCUGGAAACGCAUCACUGCCAAUGCCAAUGACUUUGUCCUGUGUCACAAUGACCUAUCACCACGCAACAUUCUAGUCAACCCCUCUGACAACUACCGCAUUGUCGGCAUUAUUGACUGGGAGUAUGCUGGCUUCUUCCCUGCUGACUUUGAACUGCCCCUCUGGCGUGCACUCAACCGCGAAGAGAAGAAUGCUAUGAUGCGCGGUGCGAAAGAGCGCGACCUGGCCUUCUGGGCCUCACGCCCGCAGAUAUCCAGAACAACUGUGACGAUAAGCCAUCCUGGCUACAGGCAGCUACUUAAGAGGCUGCAGCUCGCUCUGAAUAUUUUCCUUUCUCUGUCUGUGUCCGACCCUUGCACACUGGUGUUCAACCUUGUUAAGAGGCUGAUUUGCUGGCCAUCCCCUUCUAGAUUUUGGCCCCAGACUCUCUUAGUAUACGGCUUCCAGUCCACUCCACCUGGGAAGUUUGCUGGCAUCUCCACAAAAUUACGAAGUAGCUGA